UCUGUACCUGUCUGUUGACUGCAUUACAGUUCACUUCAGGCUUGGAUAAGAUACCCUCUCUCAACCUUUCAGCCCGUCUGACUCUUCUCUUCUCCCAGCAGCCAUGAGGACCCGUGAGGUGGUUGCUGUUGUCAUGGCGAUGUUGUGCGUGAUGAUGGUGCACGCAGAUGUGAAGCCACAGAGAGAUUUCAACCUGCAGAGGUUUGCAGGGAAAUGGUACCGUGUGGGUCUGGCCUAUGACUCUCCAAGUUUUGCCCCCUACAGAGACAAACUGAAGGUCUCCAUGGGCAUCAUCACGCCACUGCCCAACGGCAACGUUAACCUCACAAUGUGGGACGCAACACCUAUGGGUUGUCAGAGUAAGCUGUACCAGUAUGAGAAGACCAAUGUACCUGGACAGUUCACCUACUUCAGCACACGCCAUAACAUGGUGAAGGACAUCACAGUGGUGGACACAAACUACACUGAAUACGCUAUGGUUCUCAAACACAAGGUUUUUCACAGAGAGUACACACAGGUGGCGCUUUAUGGUCGCUCUCAAAGACUUGCGGUUAAUGUCAUUCAGAGAUUUAAAGCCCUCGCCUUGUCCCAGGGUUUCCCCAGAGAGUCUAUUCUGACUCCACCUCCAGCAGAGAAUUGCCCAGCAUCCGGAUCUGGACGUUAGGUUCCCAGAUGUACCUGAGAUGAAGGUUGCAGUCCACUUUUUCCCAGCAUUUACUAUCAAGUAAAUAACUUUAUUUCAGCAAAGCAAAUAUCAUUACUCUGGCUACAAACAUGAUAAAUAACAAGUAACGCUGUUGAAAUUCAUAAAUCACCUCCUUUGUGUACUUCAUUUUCAUUGUUCUGCUGUGUUGAUGUAGUUAAAGAACAAAGUUAUCCUCAGGUCAAAUAAAAGGUUUUAUUGAAAUAUCACAGCAUAUUAGCAUGUGAUUACACUGCUGUUUUGAUUGUUUGUUUUGCUUAAUCACCAAACCCUAAAAAAGAUUUUUCAUUGUUGAAGCUGGUUUUUGCCUUCGGUCAAAUACUUUUAAAUAAAACCUUUCUUUUCAUGA